GACUGGUUUUGAACAUUCAGCUAACUGUACAGAGCUGGAAUUCAAUUGAUCCAUCAGACCAGGAAAGUCAACUAACCAAAUGAAUUAGACAACAAAGAAUAUACUCACAAUUCAAGAUCAUAACGCUGAUUAACAACGAUGUCCUUCCUGAAAGAGAUCAGCCCGCUGGUGAAUAACUAUUUUCUCUCCGGGACUGAUGUUUUAUCGAGACGUGCGGCACAGAUCACAGCUGAAAUACAACAGGGUGAGAGAAGAAGCUAUAAUGAGGUGCUUGAUUUGUCUUCUGGAGAUCUGCACAGAGGAGGAAUAAAACCCAUCACCUUUGUUCGUCAAGUCCUUGCUGCCUGCUUCUAUCCAGCCCUUUUGGAGGAGGACAGUCUGCCAUUAGACGUUAAACAAAGGGCUGAAAGUCUCCUUAGAGAAUGCGAUGGUGGAAGCAUAGGCUCAUAUACAGAUUCAAGUGGAAUCGCCAAAAUCAAACACUGCGUGUCUCAGUUCAUUACCAGGAGAGAUGGAGGAGUUCCUUCCUCACCCGACAACAUCUUCAUCAAGUCUGGGUCACAGAUGGCUCUCAUGAUUAUGCUGAAGCUGCUGAUUCGUAGCGAUGACUCGUGUCGGACUGGUGUGCUCAUACCUGUACCCACCUACGCUUCAUUUACUCUUGCUCUGGAAAAACAGGGAGCUGCCAUCAUACCGUACUAUUUGUGUGAGGAGCAGGGCUGGACGCUGCAGGUGGAGGAGCUUCGCAGGGCACUUAAUACAGGCAGAAAGACCUGCAAUCCUGUCGCACUUUAUAUCUGCAACCCAGGGAAUCCAACAGGUCACAUACAGAGUAGGAAAUCCAUAGAAGAAGUGAUCCGCUUUGCUGCAGAAGAAAAGCUCUUCAUAUUGGCUGAUGAGGUGUAUCAGAGCUGUAUGUAUGGAGAUGAUACGGAGUUUCAUUCCUAUAAGAAGGUGUUAUCAGAAAUGGGCUCUACAAUUUCAAGCACUGUGGAACAGGCCUCCUUCAAUUCUGUCUCUAAGGGCUUCAUGGGAGAGUGUGGACUUCGUGGAGGCUACGUGGAGCUGGUGAAUCUCGACCCUGCGGUGAAGGAAUAUGCUAGUAGACUUUUAUCCACUAGGUCCUGCCCACCUGUUGUUGGACAAAUUGCACUUGACCUCAUGGCAGAUCCUCCAAAACCCGGUGAUACUUCAUUCCCCACCUUCUCUGAGGAGGUCCAGUCCAUUAAAAAUACGAUAGGUAAAAACACUGUUCGGAUUCUGGAGGUCUUUGCUGAGCUGCCAGGGAUCAGCUGCCAGCCACUGAAGGCCGGGUAUUUUGUCUUCCCUUGUCUACACUUCCCUCCGAAGGCAAUAAAAUGGGCCAAGAGAAGACAGAUGGAACCAGACAUGCUGUACUGUUUGCAUUUGCUGGAGGAAUCCGGUCUGCAUGUGAGGCCGGGCUGUGAAUACGGACAGAGAAAGGACAGCUAUCACAUCAGGCUUUUUGUGGCAACUCAAGAGAACAUAAUGGAAGAUGCUCUGCAAAGGCUGAAGACGUUCCACACGCAAUUCAUGAAGGAGUUUUCUUAGUGUCAUCUUCAGAUGAUCAGAUCUGUUUAACCCUUCAGUGCAUGAAUGUCUCACAAAUCCAGACCUGCAAUGAAUAGCUAAUACUGUUCGAUUUCUAAACUGCCUUGAUAUUAUAAAACUGUCCUGAUAUUUUAAUUACAACCACAAAGUGGAAAAAUAAAGCAUGUUUCAUUAUCUUUUGGAACUUGGUCAGGCGUUUUGAGCAACUGUUUCCCAUCAUCUGGUUACUUUAGGUACAUUCAGCAUCUGGCUCUUAUUGGGGAUCUGAACCUUUCAAUACAUUAAUCUCAAAACAUUGUUGCUUCUUGACACAGAUUUGCAGUAACAUUGACUUAAUGUAAUCUACUAGAACUGAUCCUUUCAGAAUAAAUCAGAAUUAAAAUCAAAUGUAGCAAGCUGUUAUUUGUCACAUAAACAAAACAUUAAAUUAUCAAAGAUGAAUAUGCGUGAAAGAUGCACAGGCCUAUCUGAGAUACACAGCGCUGAG